UUCGUUAAAUGUGGAGUUAUUUUGCUUUGUUUGCUGAGGCGUUCAUCGAACAGGUGUGGAGACAUGACUUAACUGUGUUCAAACUUGGGAUUUUAAACAAGAGCUGACCCAUGUAGAGAAGAACACAGAGGAGUCACGCACAUACAUAGACUUGCAAAGACACUAUGGCAGCUUUCAACGGCACCUGUGACUCUAAGGUGAGCCGGGCAUCCCUGCGCAGAGGAAAGGACUUAAAAGAAAAGUCCAGCACAUAUGAAAGUCAGAGCGACAGCAGCACAGUUCUGGAGAAGAGUCAGGAGUUUUUUCAGAUCUGUGACAUCGAGGACAAAGGAUUUGUUACUCAGCGAGACAUGCAGAGGCUGCUUGCAGAGUUGCCCCUGAGUGCUGAGGACCUGGAAAAUGUGUUUGAUUCUCUGGACGCUGAUGGAAAUGGAUACCUCACCCUAGAAGAGUUCUCCUCUGGCUUCAGUGAGUUUAUAUUUGGUCCGGCAGCUGGAGAAGCAGCAGCUCCUUCACCUGCAUCUGGAGACGGGACCUCGGUGCAGAGUUUUGAGAUGCUCUAUCAAAGUCAGUGGGAGGAGAAACUCAGUAAGAGUGAAGAUGACGAGGAAAAACACUUCUGCAUGCUGAUGGAAAACCUAGGUGCCAGCAAUGUCUUUGAGAAUCCAGCAGAAGUUCGCAGUCUUUGGGCUCAGCUACGCACGGACGAGCCUCGUCUACUGUCGAACUUUGAAGAAUUUCUGGCCAGGGUCACUUAUCAGAUUAGAGAGGCAAACCAGGAAAAGAGAGAAAUGGAGACUGCUCUGAAAAGAAAAGCAGCUUCCCAUGAUGAUGAAAUCCAGCGACUUUAUGAGGAAAUGGAACAGCAGAUCAAAAAUGAGAAAGACCGGAUCCUUUUACAGGAUUCUGAGAGGUUCAUGAUCCGGAGUCAGGAGCUGGAGGAUCAGCUUGUAAGCAAAGAGCGAGAGCUUGAACUGCUAACAAACAAACAGAAAAGGUUAGAAGAGCAGUGUCGGGAGCUACACAGCGAGCAAAGGGAAACAGCAGUGGAAAAUAUGAAACUAAAGCAGUAUAAUGAAGAGCUAUCACAUGACCUGGAGCAUACUACUCAGGAGUUAGGCAUAGCCCAGGAGCAGCUGGAUCUGCUGCAGGAACAGGCCUCCCGUCUGCAAGAACAUCGAGAGAUGGAGGUGUACAGAGUAACAGAGAGUUUGCAAAGAGAAAGAGCAAGUUUACUCAAACAACUUGAUUUACUAAGGGAAAUGAACAAAUAUUUACGAGAUGAGCAGGAUGUGACCUAUCAGAAACCAAAGAACUCUGCAAUGUUAUCAUGGACAGAGAGAUCAGGGGCUAUUGCUAAUAAAUACACAAACAGAAAACAAUCAUUUAGAAGUGAUGAUGAGCAGGAGGUACCACCACAUUUUAAAAGAAAGAUCACAGUGGGUAUAAAAGGGCAAGGUUUGGUUCUGGGACCAGAAGACCAAGCAGACCACCAGCCUCCUUCUCCCAGACCUCAUUUACCGAGGAUCAUCUCUAUUGAGGAGGAUCACUGUCCUCAGCUCCUGCAGAGGGAUUUUCAGACUGAGCUUAUGGACUGGAGUGAGCAGGAGGAGGACCUGGAGGAAGGCAUCGACCUUCAGAUGAACAAUAUUUACCCUUCUGUCAGCACUCCAAUCCCAAAGUCUACUCCUCCUGCAGAGAGCAGGGUCACUCACACUCCCACCUCACCCAGAAGGCAACCUGUGGGCAAAGAGACUGCCCAGCUGAAAGAAGGAGGGAAUUCUGGGCCAGAUCGUCUGUUUAAGAUUGUUCUGGUAGGCAACUCCAGUGUUGGCAAGACCUCGCUGCUGCGCCGCUUCUGUGAUAACUGCUUCUACCCAGGAACCUCAGCUACUGUUGGUAUUGAUUACAGUGUGAAGACCCUUACAGUGGACAGCAGCCAGGUGGCGCUGCAGAUGUGGGACACAGCAGGACAGGAAAGGUAUCGCAGCAUUACGAAGCAGUUUUUCCGCAAGGCAGAUGCCGUGGUGGUCAUGUACGACAUCACUAAUGAGCAAACAUUUAGAGCAGUGAAGUCAUGGCUGGCCAACGUACAGGAAGGCGCCGGAGAGGACCUUCCUGUCAUGUUACUGGGGAACAAGACAGAUUUGGAGGGUCAGAGAGAAAUCCACUUUAGAGAGGGAGAGAAAUUAGCUAAGGAAUCUCAACUGAUUUUCUUUGAGUGCAGCGCGUUUUCAGGCCACAAUGUUAUUGAAUCCAUGGUGCAUUUGGCAAGGAUUUUAAAGGAACAAGAGGACAGAGAAAAAGAGAAGACGGUCUCCCUAUUUGACAACCCAUCAAGAAAGAAAUCCUGCUGCUAACAGAGAGCUUUAUACGCACAUCCUGUUGAUGUGUUACUCAGUUCUCCCCACCUGUACCGGCUUUUACAUCUUCUGACAUUUUUAGAUGCAUUUCUAUAAGGGAUGUUCUUUUACUUUUAAACAGAACCACGUUGCCAUAUGAGCAGUGUUAUGAUUAUAAAAGAUGGGAGUUGAAGAGGGGAGGGGGUGAGCAGUCUGAAUUUUGCACUAAAAGGUUUUGGUGGCUUAACUGUGCACCAAUCAUGCUAAAAGCAAUUAUGCUGGAUGCAUGACUUCCCUAUAGCCGAAAUGUGCAAGGUGCAAGUCUGAAUUUAAGUUUUUAAAUAUCAUUCCAUUGUUUUCUAAAUGAUCAGAAAUGUCUAUUGAGGACGUGAGUAUGAAAUUUAUUUCUUGAAUUAAGGUUGCUAAUAAAACAGUUCAGCAAACCACUAAAUGGCAACCAUUAAGAAAAGAAUUAUAAAUGUGUUAAUUUUGGAUAUAACAACUCAAAUUCAGGCAUAUGUUGUUUACAGCACUUUUAAUAUUUGACGCCAAACUGGAAUUUAUUCAACAGGGAAAUAAAAUUAUGUUCCUUUCUGUAAUUCUUAAAAAAAGCACAAUCAUGUUUUAUUUAUAUGUCAGAGAUAAAGAGUUAAGAGGAAAUACCAUAAUUCACUUUUAUUGUAAAGGUUCUUUUUGAGAAACAGGAUUUGUGUCUGGAUGUUUGUGAAUCGUGUUAAAUGUUUGAUAUGUGGCCUGAACGCACUAACUUUGUGCGAAUGAUUUAAUACAGUGUUCACACUCCUGCCAAAUUUUACACAGAGUUUAUAGCUGUUCAUGUUUUCUCUUGAUACAACUUUAUUUGUACUUAUUGUCAUCCGGUGAACAUCACUGCCAAAACUACAGCUGUUUUGUGUUUUCACUUUGGUGCAGCUAUGUUUUCUCUGAUUCUGCUCAUUCAUGUGAACACCACUGCCAAAUCUUAGCAAAGGCACAAAGCUUGUCAUGUUUCUCUGUGGUGCAGCUAUUUUUAUUACACGUGUUUUUGAUUUUGUCUGUCAAGGAAAAUAUUAAUAUAAUAUUUAAUAAGGAUUAAAUGACCUAUUUUUGUUUAUAACUUAAAAUGCAUUCAAGGCCAUGAAACAAAUCACAACGGGAGCUCACAAUCUUAAUACAGGGCCCUAUCUGUUUUUAUUUUUAAUCAUUGUCACACUCCAUUCUGCGUGCCUGGUUAUAUAAUGUGUAUCCUGUGUCUUUGUGAAGUGUAUGACUAUGAAUAUCACACUGUUAGGCCUCUGGUUACCCUGUUCAUAUUUUAAUACUGGCAGUGGUUGUGUGUGACAUUUAUAUAUUUAAACAAGUUUUCAGUGGUACUGGAUAUUUCAGUCUUUUUCCUGCUUUAAACACAUGAAGACAUUAUUAUUUACUGAUAAGCUAAACGAGGUGUGUCCAGAGCAGGAGAAAGACAAAACCUUGGAUUCAAGGAGUACAUGAGUGCAUGGAGGGUAUAAAUGUUCAAAUAGAACUUGAUUGUUUCAAUACGUUGAACUAAAUUAAAUAAAGAUUAAUUAUAUUUAUAAA